AUGAGCUCCGUCUACGCUGUAGCACUCUGGGCAUUCCUCACACAGACCUUGCUAUCAGGCAGCUGCGAGUUCAGUUUUGAUAUGAACAUCCAGUCCCUCUACUGCCCUCUUCCAUGGUGGCUUGAGCCAUUCUAUUACGGUGGCAAUGCGACCUUUGAUACCAUUUCAAGCUCGAUCCAGAAUUUCGCCACAGGCGCCACCAACAAGUUUAGGACCAUCGCGAAAAGCAACUAUAAUGCUGGACAGCACGACUUGGCUCUGGGGGCCGUCUCGCAAGCCACGGUCUGUAUCGCCUUUGACUGGAAAUGGCUACUGCUACCUAUUAUCCUCGUGGUCAUCACCGCAGUCUUAUUAGCCCUCAUUGUGAUCCAGAACUACAGGGAGCCCCAGCAACCGGUCUGGAAGUCCUCUCUGCUGCCGUUUCUCUUCUACGGUAUUCGAGGAGAGUCGUCAUCUGAGGACGGGAUUCGGCCAGCUUUGGGCCUCACCGAACUUGACAAGCAGGCGAAAUGUGUACAGGGCAGGUGGUACGCCGGGAUUAACGCCGGCUUUGUGACGAGCGAGAAAGAUAUCGACCUGGACUCACUGUUGGAACCUUCUUGA